CCCGGCCGGCCCAGGCCUCGCUCGCUCCGCUGCCCCGGCGCCCAGGGCCCCCCGGUGCCCCGGUCUCAGCUGUUUGCCGGGUCCCGCCAUGGGCCCCGCCGCCCGCCCCGCGCUGAGGCCGCCGCCGCCACCCCCUCCGCCGCCGCCGUCGCCGUCGCCGCUGCUGCUGCUGCUGCCCCUGCUGCCGCUCUGGCUGGGCCUGGCCGGGCCGGGCGCCGCGGCCGACGGCAGCGAACCCGCGGCCCGGGCGGGGCGGGGAGGGGCCCGCGCCGUGCGGGUGGACGUGCGGCUGCCGCGGCAGGACGCCCUGGUCCUGGAGGGCGUCAGGAUCGGCCCCGAGGCCGACCCGGCGCCCCCGCUGCGCGGCCGGCUGCUGCUGAUGGACAACGUGGACGCUGAGAAGGAGGUGCCCCGGGGAGGCUGGAUCGCAGUGGCCUACGUGGGCAAGGAGCAGGCGGCCGCCCAGUUCCCGCAGGAGAGUCAGGGCAGCGGCCCGCGGGCCUACCCCAAGGCGCUGGUCCAGCAGAUGCGGAGAGCGCUCUUCCUGGGGGCCUCUGCCCUGCUCCUCCUCAUCUUGAACCACAACGUGGUCCGAGAGCUAGACAUCUCCCAGCUUCUGCUCAGGCCCGUCAUCGUCCUCCAUUAUUCUGCCAACGUCACCAAACUGCUGGAGGCCCUGCUGCAGAGGACCCAGGCCACAGCGGAGAUCACGAGUGGGGCGUCCCUGUCGGCCAACAUCGAGUGGAAGCUGACCCUGUGGACCACCUGCGGCCUCUCCAAGGAUGGCUACGGCGGAUGGCAGGACCUGGUGUGCCUGGGAGGGAGCCGGGCCCAGGAGCAGAAGCCCCUGCAGCAGCUGUGGAACGCCAUCCUGCUGGUGGCCAUGCUCCUGUGCACCGGCCUCGUGGUCCAGGCCCAGCGGCAGGCGUCCCGGCACAGCCAGCAGGAGCCCGGAGGCCAGGUGGACCUGCUCAAGCGCCGCGUGGUGCGCAGGCUGGCAUCCCUCAAGACGCGGCGCUGCAGGCUGGGCAGGGCGGCGCAGGGCCCCCCGGAGCCUGGCGCCGAGACCUGCGCCGUGUGUUUGGACUACUUCUGCAACAAGCAGUGGCUCCGGGUGCUGCCCUGCAAGCAUGAGUUUCACCGGGACUGCGUGGACCCCUGGCUGAUGCUCCAGCAGACCUGCCCGCUGUGCAAGUUCAACGUCCUGGGGAACCGCUACUCAGAGGAUUAGCUGCCCCAGCUGGCGCUCUGCACGGGGAGAUGGGACCCCCCUCCCACCUGCACUCUGGCCCUCGGCCUGGGCUCUUGGAACAGGACGGCGGGAUGGGCAGGACAGGAAACCCUGAGGGUGGGAGGAAAGAUGGGGCCUUCCCUGCUGAGCAAGGCACCCCACCACAUCCACAGCCCCCAGGCCGACGGUGCGGGGCCCAGACCUGCUGGAAGUGAGGGAGAGAGGCCCCUUUGGGGCCUUUGUGUACAAUCCUGGGUGUCCGCCUUCUCGGCAGGCAGCUCCCGGACCCGGGGCAGGGGCCUGGGGAGAGGUGGGGGCGGGGGAGCUCUCUGCCUGCCCGUCAGGACACCCCGGGGCCAAGGCUGCAGUGGCCACUUUUGUGCUUAUUUAUUGGGGGGUGGGUCAGGGGAGGCGCAGACCAUCUUUCAGGACACGUCUUGGUCAAGGCUGGGAUGUGAAACCCAGAGGCCUCCUGCCCGCGGGCCUUGGGCGCUAGGCGCCAAGGGCUCACGGCCGUCCCGCGGGCCCCCUCCUGCCGGGGAGACCGGGGACCGCAGAAGCCAUCCGGGCCUGCGCCGUCCGUGGGCGGCGGGUCAGUGCCCAGGACACUUGAAGCCCCGGAUAAAUGUGGUGCAUCGUCCACGGGCAUCCAUUUUUUUAGAAGACUUGGGGCAGGGGAGGUGGUUUAAUAUUAAAAUAAACACGGAUAUAUUUUAACGUA